AUGGCAGAUCCAAAGGUAAACGAUGAGUUUGUUGACGCUAAACCAAUGAUUAUCGACUCUCUCAAGGCACCUCACUUCAACCCGAAGCGAGUGAGUUUAUGGUUUGCGCAGCUCGAGGCUCAGUUAGCGAGCAACGGCGUAGCAGCUGAGAGAGAGAAAUUCAACCACGCUGUUUCUCUCAUUGACAUUGAGUAUGCUUGUGAAGUUGAGUCCCUGAUUAUCAAUCCACUAACAAUGACGCCAUACGGCGAGUUGAAAGCCACGCUCAUUGCGUGUUAUUCAAAGUCUGACGAAGCCAAACUACGUCAGCUUCUAGAUGGCGAAGCGAUCGGUGAGCGAUCACCAUCACAGAUUCUCCGCCAUCUUAAAUCGCUCGCGCCGGCCAUUGACGACGCAGUCUUGAAGGCAAGAUGGCUGGCAAACCUACCUGAAAAGACACAAGAGCUUCUAGCCAUUUCUCCGACCAUGGCUACCAUCGAUGAGUUAGCCAAGACAGCUGACAAGCUACACGAGAUGAUUCCAGUGACUUACACCGCUGCCGUAGCUUCAUCAUCAUCUUCGCAGAAGACGAUGACGCUGAAAAAACAAGUGAGCGAACCAUCUCGUCAGGUAGCAGCACUGACGACAGCUUUUAAUCAGAAUCGCGAUAGAUCUCCAGCUCGAAAACAAAACCGAUUCUCCCGAAGAAAAUCGAAGACACGUAAGCUUGACAAAACAGACAUCUGCUAUUAUUACACUGAGUUUGGUAAAACUGCGUACAAAUGUACGCCAGGCUGCAAGUUUUCGGUAAACGUAAUCGAGAGUCACUAG